AUGGCGACGCCCGCGCUUCCUUAAGUCCAGGGUGGAGGCAGCUGCGGGAGCAGCGCGGAGCAGGGUUUUAUGAAAUAUAGUCUUUGUUUAAAAAAGAGACUAGAACAUGUCAAAAAGUCUUACCUUGGAAACUUCAUGAGUCCCACAGUGACGAGUGCUCCCCAUGCAACAUACAGUUCAUCUCCAGACACCUUAGGGAAUGAAUUUGAGAAAGAGCAACAGAAUCGAGAGCUGAAUGAAAAAGCCAUGCUUUCAAAGGCAUCUGAGACGGACUGGUUUGUCUCCUUCUACUGAUGAGGUUGUGGACUAUGUCUUUGGCUGAUACAACAGAAGCACACACAAACGAGCAUUUCCCCAGUCUGGCACUAGGAAGCAACAAGAAGUCUACAGAAGGCAAGCGUAGCCCUGGCGCUGGUGGCCAGUCCCAGAACAGCCAGGCUUCCAAUGGGAGCGUGGAUUACAGCAGGUCUCAGUGCUCCUGCACAAGCCUGACUUCUCACUAUGACUACUCAGAAGACUUUCUCUCUGACUGCUCUGAGACGGCCGUCAGGAGACUCCAGUCAGAGAAGCCUCUGGCAAAGGCGAAGGAGAAAAGGAAGUACAACGCUGGUAAACUCCCCCAGCCUAGAGGCCAGAAGGACAUCCCAGCUGAGAAAAAGCAAUUCUGGAAUGCUUCGUUGAUCAGUUCUCAAAUUCAAACGAUUGCCAAGAGAAGAGACACCAUGACACAUCGGAUACUGUCAGCCAGGCUUCAUAAGAUCAAAGAGCUGAAGAACGAGCUGGCAGACGUACAUCGGAAGCUGGAAGCCUCUGCCAUAGAAAACCAAUUUCUGAAGCAGCUUCAGCUUAGACACCUGAAAGCCAUAGGGAAAUACGUGAACUCUCAGAACAACCUACCUCAAAUCACAGCCAAGCACCAGAAUGAGGUGAAGAACCUUCGACAGCUCCUCCGGAAAUCCCAGGAGAAGGAGCGAGCUGUGUCCAGGAAACUCCGAGAAACCGACGGCGAGUUACUGAGGACCAAAGACGUCUUGCAAGCCCUGCAGAGACUCUCAGAAGACAAAAACCUUGCAGAGAGAGAAGAACUGACUGACAGGUUGACCGACCUUACAGCCAAAAUGGAAGCAAAUGAUAAAAAAAUACAGAACUUGGAAAAACAGCUGCGACUGAACAAUCGGUCCUACAGUCGACAGCUGGCCAAAGAAAAUCGGAAGACGUUAGCAGCUCAAACAGCAACAAAGACUCUGCAGGCAGAAGUGAGACAGCUGCAGCAGAAGCUUAAGGAGAAGGACCGUGAGCUGGAGAUCAAAAACAUCUAUACGAAUCGAAUACUCAAAAACUUAAAUGAUAAGGAAGACUAUCCGAAAGUUUCUUCAACGAAAUCAGUGCAAGCGGACAGGAAAAGCCUGCCAUCUGUAAAUAUGAGACACCAGGAAACUCAAAAGUCAGAUGUCCCAUUUUGGAUAACCAAGGGUAAAAGGGGGAAAGGAAACAUUGCUCAUAAAGAAAAAUCAACAGAAACAAACCAUGAUAUUCCUUACUAUGUGUGUAAGCUACCAAAGCAAGAAGAGUCUAAGAGAAAAUAUGAAGCCAAUCUCACGGUCUUAAAGAGCAUGCCAUCUCCUCCAGCUUCCUGGGGACUGGUGGCCACUGAGCAGAUCUGUGCCUUCCAUCUGGAAUGUCACUCUUGUACCCAUACAGCAGAUUUAUCAAAGGAGGUCGAACACCGGAAACCACAAACCUCUCUGGAAACUCCUAGGAGGCCAAAAGAGAAUAAGGAAGACCAAGAAAAGAGAGCCAUCCCAGCAGAGGCAGAGCCAACUGCAAAGGAAAGCGAGGCCCACAAGGACGCCGAGGAUAAGGCCCUGACCAGGGCGGCCGGCAAUGCAGGCGAUGCAGGCGAUGCGGGCGAUGCCGGCAAUGACCGCGAGGUGGUCGGGGAGCACAAAGUGGUCGGAGCGCAAGAGGUGGUCGGGGCACAGGAGCUGCCCGGGGCAGAUGAGGCGGACGAGGUGCACGGGGCGGGCGAGGCCCCGCGCGAUGUCGAGCCCGGGCGCGGCAGGAGGAAGACCCCGCGGAAGCACUACUCCUUCACCGAGGCCACCGAAAACCUGCACCACGGGCUGCCCACCUCCUGCAGGCAGGUUUCGGGCAGCCCGCACUGCCGCUGCCGCCACGACAUGGGCAAGCACCGCAGCGAGCAGGAGCUGCGGCUGGAGCCUGCCGGCUACGAGCCCUCGUUCGGCAAGGGGGCCGGGGCCAGGGCCAGGGCCAGGGCCAGGGCGACGGCAUUCCGCGACAGAAAGAGCAGCCUCAUGGAGGAGCUGUUCGGCGCGGGCUUCGCGGGCAGGGCGGGCUCCAGCGACAGCGAGGCAGUCAGCAAGUCCCCGCAGACGGGGCCCCAGGCCUCUGCCGGCAACGCCUUCGGGGACUCUAGAGCCACCGUGGCGGGGUCCAUCCAGGCCUCGCCCACCGAAGCCAACAGGAAGACUGUUGUUUAAAUGCAGCAGUCACCUGAUACAUUCUGGUUUAUAUACUAGUUAUGUGCCUUUAAUCUUAUUUACCAUGUGAGGGCUUACAUAGUGUCUGUUUUAGUACUUGGGUGGACUGUGGGUAAUUUGCGUGAUUUCUAUCUAAUAAAAAAAUCCACUGUACCUUGGAUGUCAUAUGGUAACAUUUUAAAUACAAAUCUACAUCUUUAUUAUGAAGGCGGAACAUGCAUGUCCACUCUUUUUAGGAAGAUUGGGUUUAUUACAUAGCCCGGAGAUCUGGGACUCAGCGAUUCUUGGCCAGCCUAAGGCGCAUAAAUUCUGCCAGCAAGGCUGCUGGCCGGCACAACUGCACGGAAGAGGUACUGAUCAGCAAGACGGAAGGCCAGCAGACACAACGACAGUACAAGGAUUCAAGCUUGGCCUCGUGAGUCAUGUCUGGUGGUCUCUUGCUCAGCUGAACUGAAAGCAUCUAAGUGGCCUGCCUUUGUGUGCCCCUGCGCCUGUAUAGAAGUCUGUAUUUUUUUGUUAUUGUUGAGAUUUAUUAUUUUUUGUUACACAAUGACCGUUUCUCUUAAUCUUGUUCUAAAAAUAACUGCAUGUUCAAUCUGGCUGCUCAGGUCUAAUUCUAACAGUAUUCUGUUGGGACUAUAAAGGGUCUGUAUUCCCAGUCUA